AUGGACAUCGUGGACAAAGUUCGUGAAUGUCUGAAAAUGUGGACUAGAGGAGGAGAUGCCGAAUGUCGCAAUGUCCUCAUCGCUCCCCAUUGUAAUCCAACAGACCCUGCGAACCAAGACAUCCUUACGACAGCCUAUCAUACUCUUCUCUGGGCCACGUUGCUCACAUGGACUCCGUCGAACCCAUUGACCCCAACAGCGUUCGUCGACUUCGUGCAGUCUGUGCUCUCCAAUCUUCCCUCUUCUUCAACCGUGUCCCCGAAAGUGUCACCUCAAGCGGUGAUAUUUGGAGACUAUCUCGUUGACAUGAUUUGGGCGGUCGACACAGAACUGGAUGAAAUGUUGAACGAGGCACGAGUUGCCUCCACAGCAUCUGGGGAGCAAGGGAAAUUAACCUCACGGGAAGUUGCAAUCUUGAUUGCAAAGGCAAAGAAGGCCCAACAGAAUGCGGAGAGCGAUAAGCAACGCAUUCCCGUCAUUGUCAAAAAGCUCUUGGAAUGCCGCGUUAUAACGGUAGAACAUUGCCGAGAAAGACUUGAGUCCGCAGUGUUGGCCAGCGUUGGACUUAUUCAAGAUAAGGGAGCUCAGGAUAAGAAGGAAAUUCGGACAAGGACUGGUUUAUUCUACAAGCAAAACAAGUUCAAUCUACUCCGCGAGCAAUCCGAAGGGUACAGCAAACUUACUGUGGAGCUAACAAGCAGCCUUGGGCCUCCUCACUCUCCUCACACUGGUCGUCCUUCCGAGUCCUAUGCCCUCAUCGAGGAACGCGCACGGCCUGUCUGGGAGAAAGUCAUCAGUCUUAUUGGUUAUUUCGACUUAGACCCCAACAGAGCGUUGGAUGUCAUCCUCGACGUCCUUUCCCAGCACCUCGCUACCCACUAUUCCUUCUUCCUCGCGCUUCUAUCCUUGUCUCCAUGGGCAGGAUCGUACCGUCGGCCUGUUCCUGAGGCAGAAGUAAUGGAUACCAAAGCCGAGAUUCCAGUGGCGGCCUUCAAGGGUAAAAGCCUCGAGGAAGUGUUGACACUGGUCGAAACCGAUUCGACGCAUGGCACAUUCAACCAGCCCACGAAUCCAGAUGGUGCUCGAGUCUUGGCUCAAGUGUUGGGAUUCAAGUUCAGCUAUUACCAGAGUGCAGACGUGUCUGAGUCUGUUCCGCGAAACCUCUACCUUGCUGCAGCUAUUUUGAUCCGGGAAGGCUUCAUUACCUUGGAAGAUCUCUAUCCCCACCUUUCCCUUAAGGACGAGGGAAUGGACACCUUCAAACAAGAGUACGCGUCGGAGGUCCAAGCCAGAAUUGCCGGGGCGAAGAACAGCAUGCUUGCAAUGGCUGCACCGCUGGAAUCUGGAACGUCAUCGUCACAGUCGAAAUCGAAGGCCCCUGUCGCUGCUCCAGAACCGAAGAAAGCAGAAGUGAAAGACAACAACCAAAAGGCCGGGCUUUUGAUUAGCCUCUUGUCGGUCGGUGCCCUCAAACCUGCAAUUGCGAUCAUGACCAAAUUUCCUUGGCUUGUGGAUGCUCGACCUGAGAUAGCAGACCUCAUGAUUCGCGUUAUGAAGGUCUCGCUCUCCUCCUUGUAUGAAUCCGCCUUGAUUACCAAGGAACGCAACCCAAGCUUCACUCGCCCAAGAGCGCGUUAUGGGCCAUCUGGUGUUAACUAUCCGAGCCCGCGCAAGCCGUUGCUGACACUUUGGGCGCCGGCACCUCCGAGCACCAGCACCACAGAUUUCGUCUUUUUCUUCCCGGAUUGGGUUGACCGGAUACCAAUCUGUUCGUCCUUGGACGACUUGGAGGAUGUAAUUGAGCCCUUGAUGCGUUUUGUAGGGUUGCACAUAUCUCGAGACCCCCUUUUCUUGACCAAAUUCCUCCGUCUCGCUCGUCUUCAUCUCCAACCGACAAUACCCGUCGACCCUGUGACGAAAAAGCCUAUAGGCGAACCCGACCCAGAGAAUCCUAUUCGCAAAUUCUGGUUUAACAUUUUGCGAAGAUAUCUUCUGCCGGCCCUUCCUUUGAUUCGCGGAAAUGCGGUUUGUACCGUCGAAGUGUGGAAUAUCAUCCGCCAAUAUGAAACCACCGCACGUUGGCGCCUCUAUGGAGAGUGGAAGACCAACACCUAUCACUCCCAUCCCGAGCUUCGCAUUCGCGAAGUUCAGGCUGAUCGAGAGUCCAAGGGCAUCCUGCGCCGUUUGUCCCACAAUACCAUCGACUCCUUGUCCGGGCCUGUCGCAAAGCUUGCGCAUUCAAACCCUUGCAUUUUCUUUACAAACGCUGUGAAUCAAAUCAUGGCAUACGACAAUCUUGCAAACGUCGUGAUUCAAGCUUUGCGAUACGUGACAAACAUGGGUUUCGAUGUCCUUGUCUUCAUUAUUCUCAAUGCGCUGUCAAAUCCUGAUAAGGAGCGCGUCAAGGAUGACGGCGUGAACAUCUCCGACUGGCUUCAAAGUUUGGCCUCUUUCACUGGCAUGCUUUUCAGAAGAUACAGUGCGGACCUUACGCCUGUGCUGAAAUAUGUUGUUCAUCAGCUCCAUAAUGGCCAAACAACUGAAAUUGUGGUUCUGCGCGAGUUGAUUUGGAAGAUGGCUGGCAUUGAGCCGUUGCCCAGUCUCUCAGAGUCGCAAAUGGCUGCCAUGGCCGGUGGUCCUGCCCUUCGGAUAGAAGCCAUUGCUUCAGCUACGCGCGGAUCUCGUCUCGAUCCUGGAGAUGCCAUCCUGAAAGGCCCUCAAAGGCUUGGAAAGGGUCUCUUAGAAUCGUCAUUGGCGCUACCACUUCUCAUCCAAGUUGCCCAACAACGUCAAGCCUGCGUGUACAAGGCGCCCAAUGCCCAUCUCAAAUCAUUGGCUGGGCUCUACGAUGCAACGCACGGCGUUCUGUUGCAAUAUCUCGAAUUGCUGACAUCACCGUCGGUGGUCCUUCCUGAAGAUUACGCAAGUAGAAUUCUUCCGUCUUUGGCGGAGCUCGGAGAAGAUUAUGGGAUAUGUCCACCAAUUUGCAUGGAAAUCAUGCGUCCCGUGCUCCAUUCCGCUCUACUCAAGUCUGCCCUGGCGAUGCAAGAACAGGAACGCAUCGCCAGCGAGCUAGCUGAAAAACGUCUCAAAGCAGCUCUUACCGCGAAACGAGAACCAAACAGUGCUGUCUCCAGACUUGCGUCACCAGCAGUUGGAGCCACCGCACCAGCUGAAGUUUCAGAUGCGAACCCUCCUGUCGAAGAAACUGAGGCUACUAUGGAUGUGGAUGCCCCUCCUGUCACCUCUGGUCAGAAGGAAGAACCUCCAAAGGAGGAAGCACCUAAAGAGGAGACUCGUAAAGAGGAAAGCCCAUGGGUACCUGAGCUCACGAAACUAUUUGACGAUGUUAAAAGGAUCGCCCCUGGAAAUGCAUUCGAGGUUAUCGGUCCUGGUUUCUAUCUUACUUUCUGGCAGCUUUCGACAUACGACCUGACCCCUCCAGGCGCUAAGUACGAUGAAGAGGCUGCCAAGCUCAAGGCCCUCUCUCGCCAAGAGGACUCAAAGUACAUUUCUGCUGAACGUUCUUCAGAUCGAGCAAAGCGUGCAACUGCAGGAACCCACCGCACUCGGCGUGAUCGCUACAACACCUUCAUCACCAUUCUCACUAGAGAAUUCAAAGAGCAAACCAUAUCGCGGGCAUAUACGUUGAAACGAUUGGCACGGGAAAAGCAGCAUUGGUUUGCUCAUUCUACUAGAUCGGCUUCUCUUAUGCCAUCCAUCAUCGAGCAUUGCAUUCAACCUCGCUGUUUGCUAUCGCCAAUGGAUGCCGAUUUCUGUUCACAAUUCAUCAAGGUCAUCCACCUGCAGGGCACGCCCGGCUUCCAUACGCUUGGGUGCUAUGAUAAGAUGUUGGGAGACCAUGUCAAAGUGGUCCUCUUCACUUGCAGCGAGUACGAGGCUCGUAAUUAUGGCCGCUUCCUCCUCGGUGUUCUGCGAGAUUUGCUUACUUGGCAUUUGGAUGAAGCCGCUUUUAUCCAAGACAACAGGGCCAAAGUGGCGGGGAAGACAGUCAUCCUUCCUGGUUUCCUCCAAAAGUGGUCAAGCAAGGCUGUUCCAACGGCAGCGAACAUUCUGAAGUGGUCCGAAUUUCAACAAAUUGUACGCAAGUGGCAUCGCAAGAUAGCCAAGUGCUUCAUCGAUUGCAUUCAGACUGGAGAGUUUAUGCACGUGUACAACGCCAUUGUCGUUCUGAAAGAGAUACUCGAAGUUUUCCCACUGGCUUCCGUUAAUGAAGCGGGCCCUAGUCUCAAUGCUGCCAUCGACCGUCUCAUAGAAACAGAGGAGCGUGGGGACCUCAAAAUCCUUGCUAGAUCAUAUUCUGCUAGCUUGAAGAAGAAGGAAGUUGAUUGGACCCCCGUGAAACCUCCCGCUCAUAUCAAUGGCACAAACUCCCCGAGACCCCCAAUCAAUUCGACAAGUAGCCCAGUACCUGAAAAACCUCGAAAUGUCCCACCUCCAACGGGUCCUGUUUCGCAAACUGCUUCCUCCAAUGACGCGAGACGCAACGCUACUCAACCUCCGCCAUCAGCCCCCCGUGCCCAGUUAACAGCCAAUUCUACUCCCGCGCAUCCAGAUUCCACUGCUACCAAUAUGAACUCGACUAAAUUGGCUAUGGACAGCAUACCCCGACCUGAAGUCGUCAAAAGGGUCCGACCCGAUCCCAAGGCAGCUGACUCUCCGAAGCCGACACCUGAGCCUCUCAAACCGGAGACAAACGACCGCAGACCCGCUGAUGUUAAAGAUGAACAUCACGCAAAUAACCGAGCAUCUCAACCCGAAUCUCCUCGUCAUCCUCGCGAGAUACAAAAUGUUUCCCAACAAAAUGGACCUCCCUCGAACGCUCCUGAACCCCCACGCUUCCCCCGUCCCUUAGACCAGCUUCGUGGUGACAGUAGCCCAGUCAUGCCACCACCGAUAGUCCCAAGUCAGACUGCCUCAGCUCAGGAACUCAGAGAGACCGCCAGGCAAACAAUUGGCAAGUCCGAGCGAUCAGACACACGUAGCCACAAUGGCUCUGCAGCGCCCUCACCUAGAAUACGCUCUCCGUCGCCACCGACCCGCCCAGGGACGAGAAACGCGAGCAACGAGAGCCGUACCAGUGGAGGUAAAUCCAGGUCCGACCCGGGCAACCCUGAUCGAGGUUCAGACGACCGACGACCAGAAAUCAGGGAGCCGAUAGGCAACAUUGGUAGAAGGGACAGCCUUACGCACAAUCGCACUGAACGAAGCAGUCGGGAUCGUGGUCGGGAUGAUAAGGACAGAGACGCUGACCGAGACCGAGACCGUGGACGAGACCGACACGGUGAUAGGGAACGGGACAGGGACAGGGACAGGGAUCGCGAGAGGGAACGCGAGAGGGAGAGGGAGAAGGACCGCGACAGAGACCGUCAUCGUCGUGACGAAAAGGAUAGAGAUAGAGACAGAGACAGCCGGAAAGAACGCGAGGCUGCCACAAACCGGUCCCAAGCUGGGACCCCUUCUACCUCCGUUCCGGACGAGCGCAAUCUCCUGAGUCGUCCUGAUACGUCCAGACAUCGAGGUACACCCCAGAACAACGGAGGAGACGAUGGAUUGGGAAAGAGACGGAGACCCACUGAGGACGAUCCCGAACGAAGUUCAAAACGCAGUUCUCGGAAAGACGGACAUCGCGAUGAUCGUGGCCGUAGACCGCCUGAAAAAGACAGCCACGAACGGCCGCCUCGUGAAUCUGACAGAAGACGCAAGGAUCGUGAAGCCGUGGACGUCGACCACAGGGCAUCGUCUGCAGAGAAGGUGAGCGAAAAACGACCGCCCGAAGCUCCUGCAAACAAAGCCUUGCCCAAUGCUCCUUCAGCGCCAAGAGCUGACAGGGAUACUCCUCGCGCGAAGGUUGACCCCGUACUCAGUUCCCGCGACCGACACCGUGAUGCCCCUCCUGCCAAGCCACAACAGUCUUCAAGCACCCAAUCCAUUCCGCAAGAAGCUCCUCCCGUGCGAGGCGGCAAUCUGGGUAGCCUACGCUCACGCAUCAGCAACCAAGACCCCGUCCCUUCCUCGUCUCACAGAAGCGACGGCCACCGUUAUGACAGUGGUGAUUUGACGAGAAAGCGGACUGCUGGUGAUCGUGAUGUUGACAUGGAUCCUCCCUCUGGCCCCUCGAAUGAGCCCAGUCCCCAACCAUCGAAAAGGAUACGCACUGGCAAUAGCAGUGGCGAUAACCGUCGCUUCAGCCAACGCGGUGGUGGUGGCAACAACCAUGGAAUCGCCCGACGAUUCUUUGGAAGUGAUCCUGCAGCUAUCGACAAACACCUGAGGAGGCAGGAUUGA